AUGGCUCUGGCUCUCGCCCGGCUGGAGGGCCGCGAGUUCGAAUACAUGAUGAAGAAGCGAUCGGUGACCAUCGGGCGGAACUCCUCGCAGGGGUCCGUGGACGUGAGCAUGGGGCAUUCGAGCUUCAUCUCCCGCAGGCAUCUGGAGAUAUUCACCGCCAGCGACGAGAGCUCGGGAGGAGGGGAAUUUUACCUCCGAUGUCUGGGUAAAAAUGGGGUGUUUGUGGACGGCGUGUUUCUGCGGAGAGGCGCCCCCCCUUUGCAGCUUCCACGGAUAUGCACGUUCCGGUUCCCCAGCACCAACAUAAAGAUUGCGUUCACGGCUCUGUCCAGUGGGAGGAAGCUGAAGAGAGAAGCCCCAGAGUCUCCCAUCAAGUCUGUGCAGCCGCAGAUCUCCCCCUUAACCAUCAACAUCCCCGACAACAUCGCACACCUGAUGAGCCCGCUACCAUCGCCCACCGGGACCAUCAGUGCUGCUAACUCCUGCCCCUCCUCUCCGCGGGGGGCCGGCUCCUCGGGGUUCCGUCUCGGGAGCCGCAUGGUCAGCUCUGCAGAACUGCAGCUCAUCAACGACAACUCACAACCCGAGCACGACAAGGACAACUCUGGAGAGGACAGCCCCAAGGACGACUCGAAGCCUCCGUACUCUUACGCACAGUUGAUAGUUCAGGCAAUAACUCUGGCUCAGGACAAACAGCUCACACUCAACGGCAUCUACAACCACAUCACCAAGAACUACCCCUACUACAGGACGGCAGACAAGGGCUGGCAGAACUCGAUCCGUCACAACCUGUCCCUGAACCGAUACUUCAUCAAAGUGGCGCGGUCGCAGGAGGAGCCGGGGAAGGGAUCGUUCUGGAGGAUAGACCCGAGCUCCGAGUCCAAACUGGUGGAACAGGCUUUUAGGAAGAGACGACCGAGAGGGGUGCCCUGUUUUCGAGCCCCACACGGACCUCUGUCAUCCAGGAGUGCACCAGUGUCUCCCAACCACUCGGGGGUGCUCUCUGCUCACUCCAGCGGCGUGCAGACCCCCGACAGUCUGUCCAGGGAGGGCUCCCCGGUGCCCCUGGAGGUGGACCAGUCUGUGAGUGUGACAUCACAGAAGCUGACCCAGGAGUCCAGGUUCAGCCACGCCACGCCAGGUUCUCCGGUCCCCACCUCCUCGGUCCUCAUUGCGGUGCAGAGGCCCCUGACUCAGACCCUGAAGCCCGUCACUUACACAAUGGCGUCCCCCGUGAGCUCGGGGUCCCAGCCUCCUCUGCAGACCGUCCAUGUCCUGCAGCAGAUACAGACUCAGACCCUGCUGCAGCCAAUCAGGAGCGAGCAGACCCUGCUGCAGCCAAUCAGGAGCGAGGAGAACGGCACCCACGCAGAUGUGAAGACAGUCAAAGUGGAGGCGGUACUUCCUUCCCUCCAGCCCCAACAGACCAUCACCCUCCUCCCCCCUGUGGGGACGCACCAGCUGCCAAUCAAGACCAUCACACAGAACGGCCACAGCCUCGCUACUGCCAUCCAGGGCCACAGCACCGCCGCUGCUAGUCCUCUGCACCUGUUAGCCGCUCACGCCUCGGCCUCCGCCUCGCUGCCGACCAAGCGUCAGAACGGGGACCAGAGCUCCGAGCCCGAAGCCAAGCGCACCAAGGCGGACCCAAACCAGCCCAGCCCCGCCCCCUCCUCCACCAGCUCCUCCAAUCAGCUGCCAGAAAACAAAUACAUCAAAGCAGACGCGGACCAGCCCAGCUCCACGUUCACUUCCUGUGCGCCCAACGACAGCACGGCAGCUAACGACCACAGCGGAGACCUCAACUAA